AUGAAGAUGAAACUUCUCGUCGCUGUGCUGAUCCUUAGCGUUGCGUUCGUAUCUGCGGCCUUCACGGCUGCGGAUAUCGUGCGCUUCCAGAGAACACUGGAAAAAUGUAGGACUAAGAAUGAUCUUAGUGAUGAAGUACUUGAGCGUGUGUUGAAUGGAGAAAUCGUUGACGAGCCAGAUUUCAACUGUUUCGCUGCUUGUCUCCUUCAAAAUUAUGAAUUGCUAAGAGAAGAUGGCUCAUUCAAUGUCGAAUUAGCUGUAAGUAAAAUACCGCAGGAUGCCGACUUUGCACAGCCGCUAACAGACGCUAUCAAAACAUGCAGCGCUAGAAGAGGUACUGAUAACUGCAAAACUGCUCAUUUGUUAUUCGUCUGCAUGUAUGAGAAGGAUGUUCCGAAUCUGCUCUUCGGAUGAGAACACCAACACCAACAGGUGGAACAAAAUUCGGUGUCAACAACUGUUGUUGAAACUAAUUCGUAGUCAUUAAAGAAAAGAUGAUUAAUUUGUAGUGAUCCAAUUCUCAGUGGAAGAUUCCUCCUCAAUUUCGGAGAAUAUAUAAUUUGGCAAAUUCAAAUUCCAAAAAUGUGUGAUUUGGCAAGUCACGAGUGAAAACGCUGUCUCUUGCGUUUCAGCAUUCAGAAUAAAUUGUCGACCGUUUCAAUCGUAUUGAUUCUAUUAUUAAUGACAAUAUUCAUGUCACUCUGUGUGAUCAGUCUUGUUCAUGACGCGGCCGGAUAUAAAAUAAUAUAGAUAAAUCGAGCACAAAAAUUCGUAUACUACAUGUAGAGAGUACAAUAGUAAAAAUUACCAUUGUCAUAAGAGGGAAUACUACGAUCACAUAGUAAAGGGGUUUUCAACAGACCCUACAUACUAAUUACUGACCGACAUCUCAUGGAAUGUUUUGCUAUUUUGGACAUGGUAAUAAUUACUUUGCCCGUGAGAAAGAUUACCAUGUUCCAUUGUAAUGCUUACCAUGUUCCAUUGAUAUUUUUUGUCCGAACAAAAACUGCGGUUUCCAGCACUCUUACUGAGAAUAAAAGUGACCAAUUUCCGGAAAAAUCUGUGAAUUUCAGGAAUCUGUCCUACCAAUAUCAAGCGAGCAUAAACAUCUCCACAAAAUCAUUUAACAUUGAUUUGAGUAAUAGUUGUAGAGACAAAAACGGGAAUUUUUCAGAAACUGUAAGCAACAAAGUAGGCUUUUUCUUAACAUAGGAAGCUCUACUAUGUAACCUAAUAAUUAUUGUUAUGUACAUAAGACCUAUUACCAUGGAGGAGCUCACCACGUUCCAUAGUAACCAUUACGAUGUUCCAUAGUAGCCAUUCCCAUGGCCAUAAUAAUACUUACUAAACUUUGGGAAUCUUUACUAUGUGCAAAUUUCGACACAGGAAUUUUUACUAUUUUGUUUUUCCCGUGUAAGAAUGGAAGUACAGAUCUCGCCUUCGGCUCGGCCUGUAAACUUUGAGCUCGUCGCAAAUGGAAUUUAUGCCCUAGUCCUAUAAUGUACUAUUUUACAACCCUCAUCAAUUAGAAAAGUGUAAACGCUGAUGAAUUUACUGACAAACACAAUUUUUGAUCCUUUUUCUCCUCGUGUAUUUCAUGAUUUGAAAUACAGAAUUAAUGAGAUAGGAGGAAAUUUAUACGAAAAUAUUAUAAGGUUAUGACAUGUCCGUAAAGAUAACAUUAUAUCCGGGAUUACUAUUUUGCAAAGCAAAACAAGUGAUAAUAAGUCAAAUAUUAAGUUGUUAAUCCUUUGGUGUUUGAAAUUAUUAUGUGGGAAAAAAUGAACAUGUAUAUUAUACUGUUCUGUUACAAAUUUAUGCUCAAA